AUGAGUACGAUGACAACGCGCAUACAUCUACCUCCUAUACCUCCUCCUACCUCCCCCUACCUCCUCUUACCCAAGGUACUUACUUGUACUUUAUUUGCAGAGCGUAGACCUACCGACCCCGACAACUGCCACGAAGCUCCAGAAAAGGGUUCAUUCUAUCAUGCCUCUCCUAUCCACGCUGACAGACGUGAACCGCAGCCUCCUCCCACUCCUUUCACCAUCCCCGAGCAAGUGUACUACCCCGUGGAAGAGGACAAUAUCAUCUUGGUGCGGCCUCACCCAACCCGCUGCUCCAGUCAUGCCACCACCGUGCCUGAAAAGUAA